AUGAUGGUGGAGAACCUGGCGCAGCGCGGCUGCCCCCUCCUCUCGAUUCACGAGUACCCCACGCUGCAGGCGCAGCGGGAGCGGUAUCUGCAGCGGGGCUGGGAGAGGCGCCCACGGCUCGGGGUCAGGGAGGUCUAUUACAAACAUCUGGACCAGGCCGACGUCGAUAGGAUCAACAAGCUGGAGCUGCUGGAUGAGUUUGAAGAGUUCCACCUCAUCCAGCAGCACUAUUUCUUUCUGGCUGCCACCCGCGCGCCGGGCGGCGCCGCGCCUUGGGUCCGAGGGUACGCAGAGGGGCUGGGACAGCCCAAGGUGGCAUGCCGUGCGCAGAUGGUGCUGGGUGCAGGACGGCGGGCAGGAGGUCCGCAUGGACUGCGAGGAGGGCGGGGACUUCGUCCUGCGUGCCCCCGAGGACCUGCUGCUGCGCGGGGGCGCCCGAGGCGAGGUGCGCCUGUCCUGGUUCUUCGACGAGCGGGCCCUGGAGCAGCUGGCCGACCCCGGCCACCCGCUCCGGGACGUGUCCUUCGAGGUCCAGCAGCGGUCGCAGGGCGCCACGGGCAGGCCGCGGGUGCGCUUCCACGCCUGCAAGUGCCGCGCGUUCGCGGCGGGCGACGAGGUCGGCGAGCAGAGCUUUGUUGUCGAGGGCUGCGCGCCCGGGGGCACCUACUCCUUCAGCGUCCGCGCCAGGGCAGAGCUGGAGGGCCACGACGGGGUGCUGCUCUCCGACUUCUCGGAGGCGGUGACGCUGGAGGGCGAAGCGUGGAGGGGCCUGCUGGGCAGGGCGGCGUCGGCGUGCCCGAGCGGCUACACCGGCGCCAGCACUCCCGUGCGGGGGCGGCCGCGGUGGCCCGGGAAGAGCCGCCACGGCCGUCCAGGGAGGCGUGGCUCGAGGUCGCCGCCCCCGAGCCUGGCCGCCUGGCCGAGCAGGAGGAGGCGUGCCGCGUCGCGGAGCACGCCGCUCGGCUCCGCUUCGAGAGGCUGGCCGAGGAGAUGCGCGAGCGCUCGAGGGCGGCCCAGCAGGACGGCCCGCGGAGGAGCCCCGGCGGACUGUUGCAGCCCCAGUGGCGCGGGGGGUCGCCGCGCCUGCACGAGGCGCCCGUGCGCUCGGAGUCCGAGGUUUUGCCGCCGCAGCCGCCGCCCUCGCCUGGCUGCGCCCUGGCCGAGGCGACGGCGUCAGUGGAGCCGCCGCCAGCGCUGCGGUCACCGCUCGAGGCCGCUUCAGGCGAAGACGUGCCGCUGGGUGCCCUGUCGCAGGCCGCCGCGGCCGCGAGGGACGCGCCGCCUCCGGAGGGGCCGCCCCCGGAGGCCCCGGCGGCGGAGCUGCCGCCGCAGGUUUCGCACACCCUUGCGACCCUCCACACAGACUACGGCUUUCUUGGGAAGAAGACGGAGGUCGAGACGCUCGAGAAGGAGACGAUCCCGUUCGUGGUAGUGAAGGAUGGACCUCCGCCCAUGGGCGCGCGCUGGCUGGAUAGUCACGCGGUGCAGUCAAAGGGCACCCGACGCGAGCAUUCCAGCAAGAUCGUGGCUCAGGACAUUGGCUCUGGCCACGGGAAGUUUGUUUUCAAGAGCGAUGGCGAGCCGGCGCUGCUCGCGUUGAAGAAGGGAGCGAUCUCGGAAAUCAGGCGUACUGGCGCGGAGGUGAACGUGAUCCCUGUGGAGAGUCCGGUCGGCGACUCUCAGAAGAACGGUUACAUCGAGCGGGCCAUUUGGGAGGUGCAGGCUCUGACGAGGGCUCUGGUGCACCACGCGGCCGAGAGGCAUAAGACGAAGUUCGAGUCGGCGAGCCCGAUUGUCAUCUGGGCCAUCCGCUACUCGAGACUGCUGGAGUUCGGCGAGCUCUUGAUGUUUCUCACUGUGGCGGGCGGCAAGCACAGGAGGAAGCUGGACGAGAGGUUCCACGCGGGCAUGUACGUGGGGCUCGUGGACAGAACGGACGAGGUGAUCGUGCUCACGAGGGAAGGCUACUUCAAGGCCAACACCACCCGGCGCCUGCCGGAGGAGCAGAGGAGCGACAAGGUCUUCGCCGGGGCGUGCAAGGGCCUACCGUGGUGGGGACCGAAGAAGACGGGCGAUGACGCGGAGAACGUGAUGCCUUUUCUGGCGGAGCCGGCGCCCAUGGAGGCAGAGACCCAGGGCGCGGCCGCGGCAGCGGCAGCUAGCCCAAUGGACGUUGAAGGCCAACGGAAGAGGUCAGCGAGUGCGGCGGCCCCGUCCACCGACGCGGCGGGCGACACCGAGAUGCACUCGAUCGUGAAGGAGGUGAACUACGACCUGGCAAAGAUCGGUGGCACGAGGAUCGAGAUCGGCAGCUUCGAGGCUAAGGUCUCGGAGAUCUUCGGGCGCGGCAAGUUCCUGGAGAGGUCGAAGGAGUUCGGGCUGGUGCCGGGCUUCGCGAUCGACCUGAGCACGGGCUGGGACCUGAACGACCCGGUCCAGAAGGAGGAGGCUAGGCGGCUGCGGGGAUCCCAGCGGCCACUUUUGCUCAUCGGCUCACCUCGCUGCACGGCAUGGACGGCUUCGCUCAGUUUCGGCAGCGUGAGCGAGGAGACGAUGAAGCAGCUGAUGAUGGAGGCUAUCGAUCACAUGGACACCUGCAUAGAGAUGUACUGGGGACAGAUCGGCGACAAGCACUACUUCCUGCAUGAGGCUCCGAAUACGGCGAGAUCGUGGCAUACGCAGGGAGUCCUGGAGCUGCUGGCGGCGGAUGGCGUCUACUGCGUCAGGAACGACCAGUGUGAAGCGGGGCAGACGGUCCCGGUCAAGGAUGAGCACGGCACCUGGACGGAGAAGCUGGUGCAGGCAUGCGCCGCCUGGAUGACCAACUCGAGGUGCAUCGCGGAGGAGCUGGCGGCCUUUCAGCGCAGGAAUCGACGAGGCUGGCGGCAGCGGUCUUGCGCGGAUUCAUUCAGGAAGCAGCUCGAGUGUGACAAGCUCGAGCGAGGCGCGGGCAUCUCUCUCGGCAGUCUGGAUCAAGGCUACACUGCGGACACCGAGACGCGGGAGAUGGUGCACCUGCCGGAGUACGGGGACAUCUGGGUGGUCACUGGCGCGCACCUUCCCCCGGAGAAGGCGAGAGUGGCCAGGGCCAAGGAGGUGAAGUUCCUGAAGGACUUCCCGGUCUACGAGAAGGUGGGCGCCCGCGAGGCCGAGGGCGGCGAGGUCUUGGACACGCGCCGGGUCGACGUCAACAAGGGCGACAACGUGGACGCGCAGGUUCGCUCGAGGAUCUGCGCGAAGGAGUUCAAGUGGAAGAACCCGUGGAUGGAGGACGUCUUUGCAGGCACUCCUCCAUGGGAAGGCAUCAAGAUGGCACUGAGCAGGGCCAUGGCGAGAUCGAAGGUCGGUGCGAGUGGAAAGUUCAAAGUCAAGAAGGUUCUGAUCCUGGACAUCUCCAGGGCGCACUUCCACCCGCAGGUCGAGCGCAAUAUUUUCAUUCGGCCCCCGGCCGAGGACGCGGAGGAGGGCAAUCUCGGCAAGCCCUUGCCGAUGAUGCACGGCAUGCGCGACGCGGCCAACGCCUGGGAGGAGUUCUACCAGGACAAGCUGCUCGAGGCGAAGUACGCGGCAGGGACCUCCUGCCCAUGCGCAUUCAACGACGGGCAUGAUUCCUCGGGCGUGGUUCACGGAGAUGAUUUCGCAUUCGAAGGUGAGGAGUUCCAGCUUGACGCGCUAGAAGCCGAGUUGCGGAAGCACAUGAUCGUUCAGAGGAAGGCGCUGCUCGGCCCAGACGUGACUGACGACAAGUACGCUGUUAUCCUCAACAGGCUGGUCUCCUACGUGGACGCUCAUGGCCGUGACGGGGCCAGGAUGGAGAUCGAGCCGGGCCCCAGGCACGCGGAGUUCAUCAUUCACCAACUGGGGCCCCGAGGCAAAGGAUCGAAGGCAGUGACCACCCCGAGCGAGAAGGGCGCGACCUACUACGACGAGACGCCACUGCAGGGCGAGAAGGAGUGCAACAUGUACCGAUCGCUGUGUAUGCGACUGAGCUUCAUGGCUCAAGACGCUCCGCACCUGCAGUACGUGGCCAACAAGUGUUGCAAGUUCAUGGCAGUUCCAUCGCUGGGCGGAUUAGCACGGCUGAAGCGCCUGGCGAGGUUUUUGAAAGGCGAACCCCGAUGCGUGCAGCACCUGGUAGAGCAGUAUCACGACAGCAACGAGAUCGACACCCACUGCGACUCAGACUGGGCUGGAGACCUGGCAGAUCGGAAGAGUACGAGCGCAGUGUGGGUUUUCUACGGCAAGCACCUGUUGAGGAGUUCAGUGAGCACCCAAGGGACUAUUGCGUUGUCCAGCGGCGAGGCGGAGUUCACGGCGGGAGCGAAGGCAUCAGCAGUCAGCUUGGGCAUCAAGUCCCUCGGAGCUGAUCUCGGGCAGGAGCUGGGGGUAAACGUGCGCGCGGAUUCCACGGCAUCGAAAGGAGUUUUCAGACGGCGAGGAGUUGGAAGGAUAAGGCAUCUCCACGCCCCACUCUUGUGGGUCCAGCAGAAGCGAGCCCAGAAGGAGCUGAACAUCAGGAAGGUGCCGGGCGAGGAGAACCCUGCGGACCUCGGCGCCAACGAGCUGGCGCGGCCGGUGAUGGAGAAGCAUCUGACGGCGUGCUGUUUCUACUUCGCCCGGGGGAGUCAUCCCCGGGCCCUCUCAGCGCAGCUCGACUCCAGGCCUGGUGAGGUCAAUGGCUUGAGCGGUGACGGAGGUGACCAGAGCUUGAAGGCCGUUAACGAGUGCGAGAGGGAGCUGUUUGCCGUGGACCCCACGCUCCACUACCUGAACUACUCGGACUGCGAGUGGACCAUGGAGGCGGACGAGUCGGCCAGGCUGGCCGAGGGACCCGACGGCGACGCUGGCGCUCAGCUGGACGCGGAGGCGGAGGCCACGCCGGGCCUCCGGGAGGUCCGGCACCGCGCCGAGCAGAUCCGGCGGCGAGCGGUCGAGGAGCUUCGGAUGACUGCGGAGGUCCGCACUACCAAGGACCCCGGCCGACCGCAAUUCCGAGGGGCGAGCGCGGAUGCCGUCCCGCGCGCGGUGUCCACGUGCGGCUCCACGGCGACAUCCCGCGCCUACUCGCGCGGGGCCGCGCGGCGUGGACGGUGGGGCGGCCGGACUCUUGGCCCCCUGCAUGAGCAUGAGCAGCCCUGCGCCCCUCUGGUCGUCCGCACCGCCGCCGCGGCAGCCGCCGAGCCCACGGUGCAGCCUCCCGCGACCACGUCGCCCGCGCGCAGGGCCGCUGCGCCGCCGGCGCGGCCCGUGCGGUCUCCCUGCCUCCCCGACCGGGAGCUGCCCGAGGCUGGGCCCGCGGCGGCCUGGGGGUGCACCCGGCCGCCGGACCGCGCCGCCGCUGCCGCGGAGCCCGCCCCGGCCGCCCCGCUGCCGAGCGCGGCUGCGGCGGACGCGGCGCGGCUGCCGCCUCCGCCGCCCGUGGGGACCCUGCCCGGCAGGGCCCAGCCGGGCGUGGCGGGCGAGGCCGCGGGCAGCCCGCGCGCAUCCCCGGUGCGCGGCUCCGAGGGUGCGCUGGCGCGCCAGGCCCCAGCGCGGCGCGCUCAGUCCGCCGAGGAGCUCGUGCAGGUGCCCGCCGCCCGCUGUGCCCUCCAGCCCACUGCGGCUGUCCAGGAGGCGCACGUGCGCAUGAGGACGGUCCCGACGCCGACGCGCACGGGCACUGGGCAGCUCCCGGUGCAACGAGCAGCGCGGGUCGUGCAUGUCGUGCGGGUGCAGCCGCAGCAGCAGCAGCAGCAAGGCCAGCAGCAAGGCCAGCAGCAGCAGAAGCAGUUGCCAGACAGGGGCUCCGCGGAGGUGCCGGCGGGCAAGCCUGCUCAGGUCAGAGGACCUCGUCCCCGCAUUGCUUUCGGGCUUCCGAGCAGGGCGCGGUGCUCCGCUGGCCGCAGUGGCAGAGCACCUUGCCGCGGGCGCUCCAGGGCGUGGCCGCGCCCCAGAUGUUUGUGCCAGAGCCAGUCUGCGAGGUGCGCGGCGCCUACGGCGCGCGCUCGCGCGCGGUCAGCUGCGACGACGCGGGCCGGGCGUCGCGCGCCGCCUCCUGGGGCAGGGCUGGCGCAGGCGGCGGCGGCGUACUGCUGGCGCCCGGCGGCGCCAGCGCGGAGGCCGCCCCCGCGGGCUGCAGCGC